UGGGCUGGGAGGCGAGGGCGGUGGGAAGGAGACGGGGGCCCGCGGCAGUCAGGCUUAGCGCACGCAGCAGGCAGGGGCACUCCAGCAGCAGCCUGCUCCCACCCACCAAGCCGGCGCGAUGGCCUCUGAGCUGGAGCGUGCCAUGGAGGGGCUGAUCACCGUCUUCCACAACUACUCGGGCAAGGAGGGCGACAAACGCAAGCUGAGCAAGAAGGAGCUGAAGGAGCUGCUGCAGACGGAGCUGGGCUGCUUCCUGGAGACCCAGAAGGACACGGGCACUGUGGAUGGCAUCAUGCAGGACCUGGAUGAGAAUGGUGACGGGGAGGUGGAUUUCAAGGAGUACGUGGUGCUGGUGGCUGCUCUCACCGUGGCCUGCAACUCCUUCUUCUGGGAGGACACCUGAGCAGGGAGCCUGCACCGCCUGGAGCCCCCUAGAGCCGCACACCCCUCCACCCCCAUUCUGAGCCAGCCGCCAGCAUCUCCUCUAACCAGCUAGACAGAGCUACUCAUUAAAGGCACCGAACUGA